UCACUUUCUCUCUCUCACGUUUUCUAUUCUCUCUUUCUCUCCUUCUCACUUCACUUUCACCAAAGAAAAAGCUAAAAGCUUCAUUCAAGAGAAAAUGGAUCAACCUCAAACAAGAACAACAAUGAAACAAGUUCCUCAAACAAGAUCAAAGGUAACAACUUCAUCAAAGAAUCAACUUGCUCAACAAAGCUCUAACGAAAAUGGACCAGCUUCAAACAAGACAGAAAUCUCUCAAACAAGCUCAAUGGAACAAGUAACAACUGCAACAAAGAAUCAACUUUCUGAAACAAGCUCCAAGGACACAGGAGCAAAUUCAACAAUGACAGGAAUUUCAACAAUGGAGAGACAACCAAGUCUGCUUAAAGACAUUCACAAUGGCAAAGAACUUUGGAAGAUUGCGGUUAAGGUCAAGGACAAAUGGAAUAUUGCCAGCAGGGAUGGGAAACAAAGCUUUGAAAUCGUGGUGGUUGACUGCAAGGGGGAUGCUAUUGUAGUCAUUGUUCCACAUGAACUAAAUGCGACAUUAGAUCCAACAAUCGUUGAGAAAAACAGUUACACCUUCCAGAAUUUUCAAGUUCUAAAAAAUGAUGACCAAUUUAAGCUAACAGAUCACAAAUUCAAAUUGAGGUUGACUGGAGGGACUAGAGUUUCUGAUGUUAAUCGACAUGACAUUCCGUAUCCAAUGCCUAAGUUCAAAGACUUUGUUGAGAUUGCAGCGGGAAAAUGGCGUGAAGAUCUACUUUAUGAUAUUAUUGGAGUUGUAGAUGAUAUUGGAUAUACACAGGCAAUUCAAGGUACUAGGAAAGUUCAAGCCAAUUUCCGUCUCAAAGACCUUAGUGACAAUAAGAUACAAUGCACCCUAUGGGAACAUUAUGCCAUGAAAUUCAUCACUUACACUAGAGAAAACACUGAUGUCGGUCCAACUAUAGUUUGUAUGAAAUAUGCAAAGAUCAAGCCAAAAGGCAAUUUCCCAUUGUCUGUUUCAAACACUUGGAAUUCUACAAAGCUUUUCAUCAAUGAGAAAAUUCCAGAAAUUUUGGAGUUCAAGACAAGAUUAUCUGAAGCUAUUUCAAAUGGAACCAUUGCUGACAUUGUUGAUACACCUUCUCAACUCAUGAGCCAAUCAUCUGGAGGGUCGAUGUAUACUCCUGAACAGAAAUUAUGUCACAACGCUGAAAUCAUGUCACUACCACAAAUGAUGUCUCUUUCUAGGGAUACAAACUGUGUUACUGUUGUCAACACUGUUCGAGUGAGGACUAAUAAUAAGGGAUGGUAUUAUCAAGCUUGCUAUAAAUGUCCCAAAACUGCAAGCGGUGAUUAA